CUAGGUAACAGACAAUCACAGACCACUGUGAUAGGGACACACCUUCGUCGUUUUUUGGUAAAGUUCAUGGGGAUGCCAUUUUAAACUCGAAACGAAUUUAAUCCACGAGAUAUAAGCAUUCAUUGCAAAUUGACUUUUUCAAUUGCAUUGCUUCAAGCACAUUUAGCUGUGCAACUUUACCUACAAGAUGACUGGAGUUUUUGACAGUCUCAGUACAGAUAUGCAUUCGAACCAGAUUACCUCGAACAGUUACCACAGCUUGCAUAAAUCGCAGGAGUCCCCAACUCUACCAGUAUCGACUGCAACGGACAGCAGCUUUUACAAUAGCCAACAGCCUGGAUACUGCGCAGGGUCUCCAUAUGGCCAACUCGGAACUUACCAGUACCACAACAGUGGUAUGAGCAACGUUCAAUACAAUACUAAAUCAUACGACCUUGGUUUCAACUCUUAUGGCACCUACGGCUCCUACGGUUCCAGUUCUUCACCGACUCCAACGGAUGCAGAGAAAGAAGAAAGUGAACCUGAAAUCCGAAUGGUUAACGGGAAACCAAAGAAGGUCAGGAAACCUCGAACUAUUUAUUCAAGCUUCCAACUGGCCGCCCUUCAACGGAGAUUCCAAAAAACACAGUACUUGGCUUUACCAGAGCGAGCCGAGCUGGCAGCCUCAAUGGGCCUUACACAAACCCAGGUGAAAAUUUGGUUCCAGAACCGACGCUCCAAGUUCAAGAAGUUGUGGAAAAAUGGAGAAAUCCCCCAUGAGCAACAUGUGACCUCCAGCGAGUCUCCCCCAUGUAACUCUCCACCCGCCACUGCCUGGGACUUUCCACAGAAUCAAAGAAUGAACAAUGUAAACUCUAGUUUAUCUCAGAGCAGCAGCCCUCCAAAUACGACUGAGCCUUCUUUCUUGGCAAACUAUUCUUGGUACUCAUCAACGAACUCUGCAACGCAUCUUCAGCCUGGCCCGCUUGUCCAGCACCACCACAACUCCGCCUUGAGCGCUGGGACAAUAUUUUAAUACAACUGACUCUUACUCGGAGAAUACUGGUGAAACAGACAAAAUGUCAUUAUACAUUUUUACAGACCUCACCAAGCGAACUUUACGCGCAACUUUGGCCUAUAGCUGCUAGGGUCAUUCAGAAUGACACCGUGCUCGCACCGGUAAAAUGGCAGACUACAUAUUUUUACAGUUAUUUUUGUAUUUAUUUAUUGUGUUUAUUUUAAUGGAUGAGAUUUAUGAACCACUAAUAGCCAAAACAACCACGUAGUAAGAUGCUUUUACGAACGUGUGUUACUUUUGAAUCAGCGCGAGUCCAAAGUUGAUUGCAGGACGUGAACAACUGACACAUAUGUAGCACAAUUUUCAACUGCGUCGUGCAUUUUGAAAAUGUCCUCAUUUUGUUGUACGAGAUCCAUGUAUUAGCCUACAUGUACACAUAUUUAUAUAUGGCCUAUUCUUUACGGUUGGUUUCCUUUUGUAGGUCAGAAUUCGGCUUUGAGAAAUAUUUCACAACAUUAUUUUGACAUGCCAUCCUGGCAUCCAUUUUUAUUUUAAUAUUGGGGACCAAUACUGUACCUAUUCUUUACGGUUGUUUUAUCCUUCAUAAACUACUGAUUGUCCCCUAUUCCAAUUAACUUGUAUAACAUUUCUAUGGUGUAUUGUCUUUAAUUUAUUGUAUGGUUAGCAGUGUUUUCUUUAUAUGAUCAGACGUUAUUUAAAUAAAAUUAUGUUUUCUGUU